AUGACUAUUUUUAAACUCUUACUCUUUUCAACUGCAGUGAACUAUCCUGGGAUCAGUGCAAAUCUGCAUGCAGAUCGAGAGGUAACUACCACUAGGAGCCCGCUCGAAGCGUUGAAAUGGAGCUGCAAGCAGACGCCAACUCACGAACAAUAUAACCGACAAUCACGGCCAAGGAGUCUCAAGUUCGCAACGAUUGCUGGCUACAAGAGCCAGACAAAACGGAAUGGUAUUUGGAGGGAUAGGUGA